AUGCUGCGACUACCUUGGCUCCAGAGCUCUCUUCCGCUCCUUCUUCUAUUUCUCCUGUGUCUGCACUUGGGACAAGGAGGUCCCUCGAAGUACCAGGAAGGAGACGUCCGUCUGGAGGAUGGUGACACGUUCGCCUCGGGUACUGUGGCAGUUUAUCGUGGAUUCGUCUGGGGUCGUGUUUGUGACGACCACUGGACCAUCAAGGAGGCCAAUGUCGUUUGUCGUCAACUUGGCUAUGGUUAUGCUGUGCGUGCAAUGAAGAGGAAUCACUUCCACUCAAGAUCCAGUCGUAAGUUUGGCACUUUUAUGUGA